AUGGCGUCCAGGUCCAGCCAAACGCCCGUCAAGCGCCUGCUGGUCGAACUCCAGUCUUACCAGAGCGACCCGAACGAUGCGCUGCAGCGCCUGGGCCCUGUAAACGAUGACGAGUUGACGCACUGGCAAGCCGUGAUGAAGGGCGUAUCGGGGACGCCCUACGAAAACGGCCGCUGGCUUCUCGACAUCCGCAUCCCGUCGACAUACCCGCUCGCGGCGCCCGAGGUCAAGUUCGUGACGCCCAUCUGCCAUCCGAAUGUGCAUUUCAAGACGGGCGAGAUCUGCCUCGACACGCUCAAGGCCGCGUGGAGCCCGGCCUUCACCAUCUCCACUACCAUGACCUCGGUACACCAGCUCCUCACCUCCGCCGAGCCCGACUCGCCGCUCAACAUCGAUAUUGCCCAGCUGUUGCGCCAAGGAGACAUGGUGGGGUACGACAGUUUGAUACGGUUCUAUACCGAGACGGAGAGGUAUGAGGGCAGGUAG